CUUAUUCUCUACCGCCCCAGUUCAAGGUUGCCCGGGUCUCUGACCAAAUCUUCCUCAGAUUUACGAUUGUUACGAUCACGAAUCACCUAAGAUAAUUCUUUUGUUCAUGUCUAAUAACGUCAAAUAUUACUAAUUGUUUUUCGUUGCCUGUUGCCGCAUGGUAUUUGAAAUCGCAUGGCAAUUUUGGUCGGGGGGCAAUACCCUACCAUUCGUUUGGUCGCCUUAUCUGCGACUCAUAUUUUGAUACAUCGCGACAGCCAUCACAACCAAUAUUCGGCCAAGUCUGGCGCAGCGCGCUGUCCGCUGUCUUACUAAGUACUAAGUUCAUGCUCCAUCGCCUGUUACCGGCUUGCCAGCCUGCCAGCCUGCCUAGGUGUCGACUCCCCCUGCACCUCAUUAACCUAACCCACAUCGAAUAAGACGAAUUGUUCGAACUCGCAAAGAUCCCAUACCCAACAAUCAACGAAACAUCCAUCACUAAUCACAAGGCACGAGCCGAGUCUACUUAUAAUAAUCCGAUGGAUCCUUUCUCUCCUGCCCAAGAACCCGAUGAGGGUUAUUCCGAGCAUCCCCUAAAUCCCUCCGAUCCGGCCAGCCUUGUCAACAAUGGAUCACUGACGGCAAAGCGAUCACCUGCCGAUAUACCGGCAUGGUUGUCGGCUCAAUUACCCACACUGUCGGUGCACCAGAAGUCUCGUCUGGCUAUGCUCAUCUUGAACGAACUACCAACUACCGUCAUUGCAGAUAUCGUCAUGAACGAGUUAAACCCCCGCCUCUAUAUCAAUUUCGUCGAACGACUACCUCCCGAGAUAUGUCUCAAGAUCUUGGGCUAUUUGGACCCCGUGUCCCUAAUCUACGUCGCUAUGUCCUGUCGGGGUUGGUAUGACCUGGCCAUAGAUCGCAAGUUAUGGGAACGAUUGUUUUACCUCGAGGGGUGGAAGGCUAUACCAUCCGAGAUUAUCGCCGCCGAGCAACGCAUGAAUGAAAACCUUUCCUCUCAAAUAUCCUCCCAGAAAGCUCAAUCGUUCGAAGACGGUCACGUCAAUAAAAAACGAGCCAUUUCCGACUCGACGCCCCAAGACGACGAAGAUUACGAGAUGGUAGAUGCCGAUGCGUCUGUAGGACAGGAACCCGCAACAAAUGUGUUUAAUAGCGCAUUCUCUGUUCGUCGGCCGGGAGAGAGCGGUUCAUCUUUCCAAAGUAAUACUAGUGUCACCCAACAUAUGGGUAAUCUAAUGAUGAAAUCGCCUAGCCCUAUGCCGGAUUUCGGAGGACAACCUACUUCGCAGGUGACUAAAGGUAAAGGAAAAGCGACUGUUGAGUCCCUAGAACUUUCACGCCCGUUCUUUGAGGUGCCUGCCGGGUUGCCUAGCCUACCUAAGUCGACGCUUUGGAUUUAUGAUACUAGAGACCGUCGGUACAAGAUAAACUGGAAAUACAUGUAUACGAUGAGGCGAAGAUUGGAGCGUAAUUGGGAUCGUGGCCGAUUCGCCAACUUCCAAUUGCCUCACCCGGAUCACUUAGACGAGGGGCAUAACGAAUGCAUUUACAGCCUCCAGUACAAUUCCGACUAUCUUGUUAGUGGUAGUCGAGAUCGCACGCUACGGAUUUGGAAUCUACGCACACGCCGCCUCAUACGACGGCCUCUCGGCGGCCACCAAGGCUCAGUCCUCUGCUUACAAUUCGACUCGGAUCCUGAUGAGGAUCUCAUUGUCUCUGGAAGCAGCGACUCAGAUGUUAUCCUAUGGAAAUUUUCGACAGGUGAAAUCAUACAGCGACUUCGAAAGGCUCACAGGGAAUCUGUUCUAAAUGUCAAAUUUGAUAAGCGAAUCCUCGUCACAUGUUCUAAGGACAAGACUAUCAAGAUUUUCAACCGUGUUCCAUUAAGACCCGGCGACUUAGGCUAUGGCAGUUCCCAGGGCGUUAGUCCCGUGCCUAUAAACUUGAGGAAUUACGGGUUCGAUGAUUCCCCAUUAAACCAAGCCGCCAUUAAACAGCCGUAUACCAUGAUUGCUUGCCUUGAAGGGCAUGGCGCUGCCGUAAACGCUGUCCAGAUCUGCGACCGCGAAAUCGUCUCAGCAAGUGGUGACAGGCAUAUCAAAGUUUGGGAUUGGCCCAAUCAGAUAUGCCAGCGAACGUUCCUCGGGCAUAAUAAGGGUAUUGCCUGCGUUCAGUACGAUGGGAGACGCAUAGUAAGUGGGAGUAGCGAUAAUGAAGUCAAGGUCUUUGACCGGGAAACGGGUCUUGAAGUUGCAAGCCUUCGGGGACAUACCAACCUAGUUCGAACGGUACAGGCUGGGUUUGGUGAUCUCCCUUAUAGUGUAGAGCAAGAUCGGCUAGAUGCGAGAGCUGUUGAUCAAGCGUACUUUAAGGCCUUAAACGCUGGUGAUCUCCAAGACAUGCAGUCGUUGAGACGACGGCCCCACAACGCGGGAAGCCGUCGGCCUGAGGAUAUCACGGCGUAUGGAGCUAAGCUGCCUCCUGGCGGCGGUGGUGGCCCAUACGGGCGAAUAGUCUCCGGUUCUUAUGACCAGAGCAUCAUAAUCUGGCGACGAGAUCGGGAGGGGGUGUGGAGGAAUGCACACACACUUCGACAGGAAGAAGGCGCUGCUGCUGCUCUCAGACAAUGUUCUAGUUCAUCCUCGAGAGCGACUGCGCCAUCAACGUCAAAUCGUAAUCUACCGACACCUCCUGCAGGCGCGCCGUCAGCACUUCCACAGACACACCCAAACUACACCCACAUCGAGCAUCCUAUCAUCGCCACCAUCACUCCUCAAACUACUUCGUCCUACACCCAGAUGAUCGAUAAUUGUGUGCCACAAGGCCCGGCAGCUCUUGAACAGGCAUUGGCAGCUUACCCGACGAUGUUGACGUACCAACACCACAUCCAGGCAGCCAUCGAACGUGAAACAAACGCACUUGUGCGCUCACAGCUAAGGCAAGUUGUGAAUACGGCUCUGGUCCGAGCGCAGAUUGCGCAGAACCGUGCGAGAGAAUCUAUACAACGCGCGCUAUCAGCAACAUCCGGCGCUGGUGAGGCGUCGACAUCGCAGCCAGGUCAUCCCUCGACCCGACAGGCUGACCAGCCUACAUCGCCGAGACAGUUGACUACUGCUGUCGCUAGUUCUGCUACUGUCUCGGCGGGUCAUGGUAUUGCUGGUAGCGGCGGUGGCCCGCCUCCUACGAUCGCCAACAUAACUACUCCACAUGUCCAACAGCACAACCAACAAGCACAGUCGCAGCCACAGGUUGCAGCACCUCAGCCGCAAGCCCAGGCUCAGGGGCAGCAGCAGCAGCAUCCUCAUAUCGCCCAAGCUGAUACAAGCCCAGCACGGAUCUUUAAAUUACAAUUCGACGCGCGACGGAUUAUUUGCUGUAGUCAGACAAGUACCAUUGUGGGUUGGGACUUCUGUAAUGGAGAUCCAGAGCUCGAAGAGGCGGCCGUCUUUUUUGGGACAGUGGAAUAGGGACUUUCUUGUGUUACGUCACUUCUAUUAAACGUACUUUGUCAAGAGUUUGUACCGACGACCGCGGACAUAUACGACGCGAAUGUGCUAAAGCCGGUCGUGGCAACUGUGAAAUAGCAUGUUGGAACUACGGUAACUAAAAUAGAGUAUAAUAAAUGAUGAUGAUCCAAUAU